CGGUGCGGGCGGCCCAUGGCUGUUGGCGGCGGCGGGCGAUGAUGACCGACUACAGCGAGGAGCAGCGCAACGAGCUGGAGGCCUUGGAGUCUAUCUACCCGGACUCGUUCACCGUAUUGUCAGAAAAGCCAACAACUUUUACAAUCACUGUGACAUCUGAAGCGGGAGAAAAUGAUGAAACUGUCCAAACAACCCUUAAAUUUACCUAUAGAGAAAAAUAUCCUGAUGAAACUCCACUUUAUGAAAUUGUCUCACAGGAGAAUCUUGACGAUAAUGACGUCACGGACAUAAUAAAACUACUAGAACAACAGGCAGAAGAAAAUUUAGGAAUGGUAAUGAUCUUCACCCUAGUCUCAGCAGUACAGGACAAAUUAAAUGAAAUAGUGGAUCAAAUAAAAACAAGAAGAGAAGAGGAAAAGAAACAGAAAGAAAGAGAAGCAGAAGAAGAAGAGAAACAACGUUUUCAUGGCACUCCUGUUACCAUUGAGAAUUUCCUAAAUUGGAAAGCGAAGUUUGAUGCAGAACUCCUAGAAAUAAAAAGGAAAAAAAUGAAAGAAGAAGAGCAAGCGGGCAAAAAUAAAUUAAGCGGUAAACAGCUGUUUGAAAUGGAUCACAACCUUGACACCUCUGACAUCCAGUUCUUGGAGGAAGCGGGAAACAGCGUGGAGGUUGAUGAAUCUUUAUUCCAAGAAAUGGAUGAUUUAGAGUUGGAGGAUGAAGAGGAUGACCCUGACUACAACCCUGUUAAUUUAGAUAGUGAUUAGACUUUUUUGAACUGGCUCUGUCAUCAGUAUGGACAUGAGUAAGGAGAGAGGGGCAGGCAGGAAAGCCACAGCAUCUGUGGUUUUAGUAAUGUGUAUCAGUUUUUUCUUUUUCUUUUUUUUCCAAAGAGAAAAUGCAAAAUAUUUUAAAUCCAGGAGAAUGGUCUUCUGAUGACUUUCAUCACAAAUAAAUGUACUUCAAUAUUUCAAAUGAAAAAUUUAAGGACUAUUGAUCUGUCUGAAAAUGCUAUUGUAUUUUCUCUUAUUUUUUUUCCUUCCCAUUUCUGUAACUGUCUUUUGAAGAGAUAUGACAACGAGCAAGAUGGAAAGAUGUUAUUGCAAGCGCUAAACACACCUGCAUCUGAAAGCUGAGCAGCUGUUCUGCUAUCUUCCACCUAGGAUAUACAUGGGCAGCUUUGGUGAAUAAAAGGGAUUACAUACUAUGCAGGGUUUUUUUAAAAUUUUUUUUUUCUUCUGUCUAAUCUUGUAACACUUCAAGUAAUGGUAGGUUGGGGCACCAGAACCGAUCAGCUGUAGAUAGGCAGCACUAGUCACCUUUUAUUAAGGCACAGCCUUAUCAAAGUCUAACGGAAACCAUUUCCAUAUUACCAGAGUAAAUUUUUUUGCUGCAGUUGAGGAUAAUAGUUUCCAAAUGACUAGCUCAGGUCUGUAGGAAAAAGAUCAGAAUGAGAUUAAGUCCUCUUAAAAGGUUUGGUUCAUUUAUUCAGAGAGGGGUAUUUUUAUGUCGAAGUUGUGCAUCAAUGAACUUCCAUGGUGGGGUGGGGGGU